AUGCAUCUUAUGAAUCCGCUCUCUCUCUUACUACUCUUAAUAACGCCGGCCCUCUCAGACUUAACACUCACCAUUCCGCCCUCCCCGCUCCUCCCAAACCCUCAUUCCUUGCCCGCCGACACCCAUGCAACACUCACCUCGACAACCCUCGCAAAACCCAUGAAAGCACCCCUUACCCGCUCCGCAACAUUUGUCUUCUCUAGGGUCGCUUCUUCUGAAUACAAGAUUUCCCAAAGAGACGACCUCUCGGGUUCGUACCUACUCGAUAUUCGAUCGUCGGAAUAUGUUUUUUCACCGUUAAGAGUUGAUCUUGACGAGAGAGGGUAUGUGAAGGGUGUUUGGGAGACAUUCCGGGGCAAUGAGUGGGGCAAUCGCGGAGAUGAGAAGUACCUGAGGCCCGCGAAUGUGCAAGUUCGUAGCGGGCAUGGGGAUUCCGGUGGUGUGGUGGUUGCCUUGAAGGUUGUUGCGAGGAAGGGAUUCUAUGAAGUUCGACAGACUUUCUCGCCGCUGUCGCUAUUCAAAAACCCCAUGAUUUUGCUUGCGCUUGUUGCGCUGGGAUUUACCUUCGGAAUGCCCAAGCUCAUGGAAAACAUGGACCCCGAAAUGCGUGAGGAAUUUGAGAAACAGUCUCGCGCGUCGCCUAUGGCUGGUGCGCAGAAUGCAAUGGCUGGUGGUGGUCCCGCAAACUUCGAUCUUGCAGGGUGGAUGGCUGGAGCUGCGCCCAGAGCACAACCUGUUCCGGUGUCUUCUGGUCCUGGUGCGGCGACUGGGAGGGAAAAUAAGGGAGGAGCGCGGAGGAGGUAA